AUGCUCACCACUAACAUCCUAUGCUUAAUUAUUCCUAUUCUCUUAGCCGUAGCAUUCCUAACGCUAGUAGAACGAAAAAUCCUAGGCUACAUACAAUUUCGCAAAGGACCCAACAUCGUCGGACCAUAUGGCCUACUCCAACCAGCCGCAGAUGCAACAAAACUAUUCACCAAAGAGCCCCUACACCCACUCACAUCAUCCAAAUUCAUAUUUACUAUUGCCCCAACACUCGCUCUCACCCUAGCCCUCACCCUAUGAAUCCCGCUCCCAAUACCAUACCCCCUCAUCGACCUUAAUCUAGGUAUCUUAUUCAUCCUAGCAGUAUCCAGCUUAGCCGUAUACUCCAUCCUAUGAUCGGGCUGAGCAUCCAACUCAAAAUACGCUCUAAUUGGAGCAUUACGAGCAGUAGCACAAACAAUUUCAUAUGAAGUCACCCUAGCAAUUAUCCUACUAUCCCUCGUACUAACAAACGGAUCAUUCACACUAUCAACACUGACCACCACCCAAGAACACAUAUGAUUAGUCCUACCAACAUGACCCCUAACUAUAAUAUGAUUCACCUCUACCUUAGCCGAAACCAACCGAGCCCCCUUCGAUCUCUCUGAAGGAGAAUCAGAAUUAGUAUCAGGCUUCAAUGUAGAAUACGCAGCAGGUCCCUUUGCCCUAUUCUUUAUAGCCGAAUAUGCUAACAUUAUCUUAAUAAAUUCCCUCACCACCGCCCUAUUUUUUGGCGCAUUUCACAACCCCUCCCUCCCAGAACUCCACACAAUCAACUUUAUCACCAAAACCCUAAUCCUAACUACUAUAUUUUUAUGAAUCCGAGCAUCCUACCCACGAUUCCGUUACGAUCAACUAAUACACCUACUAUGAAAAAAUUUCCUCCCACUCACCCUAGCCAUAUGCAUAUGACACGUAUCCACCUCAAUCUCAUUCGCAAGCAUCCCCCCACAAACAUAA